GUGUCGUGAGAGUUCAUUGGUUGAAAAACUGCCAAACUGAGCUGAGCUGUGAGUGAAAAGUUAAUUUCGUAACGUCGUAAAUUCUUGAAGCGAUUUGUGAAAAUAAUCAAUUAAGGACAUUUACAAUUUUCAAAGACUGUAAAACCACCGCAAUUGUUUUUGCGAUUUCUGCACGUUUAAUACAUCGCUAGACUUGUGUAAAAACACAGAUCAAUCAGACUUUAUAUUCGAACGAAUAUAUAAAUAGACAAGUCAUAUAGAGCAAUUAAGCCAAUUUUAUUAACUGAAAUAAUUCAAUAACAAAAUACAAUAUGAAAGUGGACACUGCUACCUUGGAAGUGAUUUCGCCAAAAGUGCAAAUCAGCGAGAACUACAUCGAGACCGAUUAUGAAUACCAGACGUCGCAUGUUAAACGUAGUGCCAAUGGUAAAAUUCAGGUGCACCCUGAGUCAGCUGCACUGAAGAUCCGCACCGACCGGCGUGUGCCGAAAUUGGGUUUAAUGCUCGUCGGUUGGGGUGGCAAUAAUGGUUCCACACUAACAGCUGCCUUGGAGGCUAAUCGUCGUCAAUUGCAAUGGCGUAAACGUACUGGCAUUCAAAAGGCCAAUUGGUUUGGUUCCAUUACACAGGCAUCUACUGUACUAAUUGGCUCCGAUGAAGAUGGCAAGGAUGUGCAUUUACCGAUGAAGGAUCUCGUACCCAUGGUUAAUCCCGAUGAUAUUGUCGUUGAUGGUUGGGACAUUAGUUCGGCGAAUAUUGGCGAUGCUAUGCAACGUGCGCAGGUAUUGGAUGUUGAGCUGCAAGAUCAACUUUACAAGCAUUUGUCAACGCUCCAGCCACGUCCAUCAAUUUACGAUCCAGAUUUUAUUGCGGCUAAUCAAUCGGAACGCGCCGAUAAUCUAAUUAAGGGUACUAAAUUUGAGCAGUACGAACAGUUGCGUCGUGAUAUACGCGAUUUUAAGCAAAAGUCCGGUGUCGAUACGGUACUCGUAUUGUGGACUGCGAAUACGGAACGUUUCUGUGAUGUAAAAGAAGGGCUGAAUUCCACCAUAGCUGAGUUGGAGGCAUCGUUGAAGGCGAAUAAGGCAGAGAUAUCGCCAUCUACUAUUUUUGCAAUGGCCAGCAUUGAUGAGGGUUGCACCUAUAUAAACGGCUCGCCGCAAAAUACUUUUGUACCUGGUCUAGUUGAAUUGGCGGAACAUAAGAGUGUCUUCAUUGCCGGCGACGAUUUCAAAUCGGGGCAGACUAAACUAAAGUCGGUGUUGGUCGACUUUUUGGUGAGCGCCGGCAUUAAGCCAGUAUCCAUUGUCAGCUACAACCAUUUGGGUAAUAAUGAUGGCAAGAACUUGUCAGCGCCACAGCAAUUCCGCUCUAAGGAGAUUUCCAAGAGUAACGUGGUCGACGAUAUGGUCGAAUCCAACGAUGUGCUUUACAAACCAAAUGAGCAUCCCGAUCACGUGGUCGUCAUCAAAUAUGUACCCUAUGUGGGCGAUAGCAAGCGUGCCAUGGAUGAAUACACCUCGGAAAUUAUGAUGGGCGGUCAUAAUACGCUCGUCAUACAUAACACCUGUGAGGAUUCACUACUUGCAACACCGCUUAUACUGGACCUGGUUAUUCUCGGUGAACUAUGUUCACGCAUACAGAUCAAGAGCAAUGAGCGUGCAGACGCACUUUGGGUCUCAUUCAAACCGGUUCUCUCGCUGCUCAGCUACCUAUGCAAGGCACCGUUGGUGCCACGUGGCACACAAGUGGUGAACUCUCUUUUCCGCCAACGUUCGGCCAUUGAGAAUAUCUUACGUGGUUGCAUUGGUUUGCCACCCAAUUCACACAUGAUGUUGGAGCAACGUUUCGAUUUUGCGUCGAUUACCAAUGAGCCCCCAACAAAGAAAUUGAAAAGCGUGUCAAAUGGCUGUGCCACUGAAUUGAAUGGCAAAUCUGCCAAAGUGUCAGCUGUAGCGUCUAACGGUCACUAUGCCAAUGGCAAUGCGAAUGGUCAUACGAAUGGUCUCACUCAUUAGGCGCUCAUUUGUGGGAGUGCUCAAGAAAGCCAAUGUUUGUAGGAGAAGACUAAAUUAUGCGACAACGUUGUUGGUAUUGCGUAGGAAUACUAUUUUAGUUAAUCGGUGUGAGACAUUCCCUAAAUACUAUCCCACCUUUGGCGCAUAUUUAUUUUGACUCAUUGACAUUGACUCCGGCUCAUUUUAGACGACACUUUAGUGGCAAUUUAUACCGUAGUUUAGUUAUAUGUAGUUUAUAAUGCACUUUUAAUAUUGUACUUGCAAACAAACAUAAUUAUAUAGCUGUAAAAUAUACAUAUAUAAACAAUAAAAAAUAAAUAUCCUAUACAAUAAUUUUUCAUCGAGGAAAUGAAAUGAAUGGCCAAUGUUAAUUGAGAUAGCUCAUUAAAUAUCGAAAUUAAAAAAAAUUAAUUAUACUGUUUGUUGAAAAUCUAAACAAAUUAAAUGUGCUUAAAACAAACACAAAGAUAAUAUUCGAAAAUUCGUUUAGGAACAAUUUACAGUUUUUAAUCAACUUUUUAUUUUUAAAAACCACUUUACUGAUUUUAAUUACAGUGUUGAAAACGAAAGCAUUAAAAAAAAUAUUUUUAUAAAUAAAUAACGUUAAAAAAUAA